AAGUGUCCAUGACAAGAUUCAUUGGGGGAUGGACUCAGCCAGACUCACUUUUUUCGUCAUUAGUUUCAUUUUCAUCUACAUUCCUCACCUGUGACUUGCGACCGCAAGAAUUUGUUUCAACAACUUCUACUCUUAGCAACCAGUUCAACUCCGUCUAAAUAUUUUAAUAUUUAGUCAGAUUCUUUGAGAUUCUCUAUAACAGUCUGCUUCUGGUGACAGUUCCUUGAUGAUUGAACUCCCAAAGUUUAAAUAUUCAUAGUCUUCACACCCGUCUUUUGCUUACCUUUGUUGUCCUGUAGAUUGCUGGUAUCAAAAUACUUAUCACAACAAAGGUCUGCAAAGGUCAAAAGGUUUGCUUAUUUCUCUUGCUGUAGAUAUGUUCAAUGUUAUGUAUAGUUAAAAGAAUGUUUCUUCUCGACCUGCACCAUACUGAGCUUUCUGCAAAGCCACAAAAAGUAUCUGACACGUGUUAUUGACUGGUGCUACAUCGUCAUUUGUGUUCUGUCAACAACGUGGUAAUAAACGAUUGGUGAGUCGAUGUGUCCUCACUGCACUGUGCGUGAGUCAAGAUCCAGGUAACAUCCUCCACACCAGUCAGUGUUCACAGUCUGGCCAACAUCCCCCAGCCUGGCCAGUAUAAAAAUCAGCCAAUGAAAGUCCGCGUUCUAGAAUUAUUGUCCUGAAAUACUGAGCAUCAGACAUCCUCCUCCGACAGAGUCAUCAGCGAUACACUGACACGCUGACUGUUGUUAGACGAUAACAGCGAUAACAGAGGAGCGGCAACGAAAGGUUUUUACAUCUCCUUUAACAUCUCCUGGCUUCCACCUUUCUGAUCUGUCUAACAUCAACUGUCUCCCUGGUCCAUCUUGACUACAACUGGAGACCAAGCAACUCCAUUUUCCUUCUUCCUUCUUCUUCAGCAGGUGAUCGUGGAGACGUUGUUUGUAACUCGUCGUGCGCAUGCGUGAGCAGGAAGAAGCUGGUUCUGUUAAAGUUCUUUCGAUGUCUCGAGUCUGCAAACCAAUGAACACAUUUUGGAAAGUCAGGCUUGCAGUUUUCAUAGUGAUGACCAGCAGUUUCACGUGUCUCAUCCUGUUCACUGACACCAGGUGGACGCACAGUUUGCCACAGAGACUCACCCUCGACAUCUUGCCCUACCUGCGGACUGUGUCACGUGACAGCCCACACGGCUGUCCGCCUACGUCGUCUGACCCCACGGCCUACGUCAUCACGCCCACGUACCAACGGCUGACGCAAGAAGCCGACUUGCUACGUCUGUGUUACACCCUCAUGCACGCGCCGCACGUCAGGUGGAUCAUCGUCGAGGACAGCGACAACAAAACGGAGCUGGUAUAUAGGACGCUGCAAGAUUGUCAUGGGCCAGACAUCAUUCAUCUGAACGUUAAAAGUCUUCCUCCAGGAAGGAGACCAGGCACCAACCAAAUGCUGCCACGUCAUCGUGGUGUCAGUCAGCGGAACGAGGGGCUGGCCUGGCUCCGGAAGUGCGUGCUGCCCACGUCACGUGCAGGGGGCGUGUACUUCGCUGACGACGACAACACCUACGACGUCAGGGUCUUUGAUGUGGUUCGGAAAACAAACAACAUAUCCAUGUGGAGAGUGGGUUUCGCUGGCAGACUCUUAUCUGAAGGACCGGUCUGUUUAAAUGGAAAGGUGACGGGGUGGAGGACAGCGUGGGCCCCGAGGAGAAGGUACCCCGUGGACAUGGCGGGCUUUGCUAUCGGCCUCGACCUUCUCGCUCAGUUCCCAGAAGCCAACUUGAGCCACGAGGUCAGGGCAGGUCACCUGGAGACAGAGUUUGUAAGUUUAUUCAACAUUCCCAGGUCACAAAUCACACCAGCUCCAGACGACAACUGCUCCACGGUUCUUGUGUGGCACACGAAGACAGUUAUCCCCAAUAUUUAUGGAGAACAAGAGCUGGCCAAGAAAAACGCACAAGAUCAAACAAAACAUCGCUGAACUUUGACCUUCUAACUGCUGGCGACCUCGUCAGUUAUUGUUAGUGCAGUGUGUAAGGCUUAUCGGUGAGCAAGGCGUGAGCAAGACUGAGUAGGAGUGAGAGACAGUCAUCAUCAUACUUCUUGCCACGUCGACAGUAAACACGACAUACCCA